UGGAGGGAGCUGCUUUUCGCCCGGAGACUAAUUAGAGUCACUCCGCUAUAUAGGCUGGCUUCAGGCAAGCUCUUACACACUCAUAAGUGUGAUCUGAGAGGGUAUUGCUUAGAGCUGAACGGCGGAAAAAAAAAAUUGUGCGAGCUAAUUUUUUUGUUGGUGCUGUUUAAUUUAUGUAUGUAGCCACCAUGUACAGGAGUAAUUCCGCUGCUGUCAAGCGCAAUGCUAAUCAAGAAAAUCAACAUCUUGUCCCGCAGAUGGGCCCAGUUAGCCAAAAGCAAAGGACCGUUUUAGGGGUGCUAAAUGAGAAUGACCAGCAGAGACGUUCACUUUCUCAGGUUUCAGCGAAAGCUUGCAGCACCAUUGCAGUGGGGACUGACAAUGGGUUCACUUCGAAAGGCUGCAGCACCCUCUCGGAAUAUCCGGCUACUUUUGUGUCCAACCCGAACUUCUCCAUUUACAUGGAGGAUGAAGUCCAAGAUGAGGUCGAAGUCUCUGAAUGUAACUUGACCUCUGAACUGGAAUCUAAACUUGGAGAAGUUGGCAACAUCUCCAAACCAGCAGACGACUACUGUCUGCUCUUGGAUCUGAGUGAAGUCUCGCCUAUGAUAGUAGAUUCAUCAAUGCGCUCGCAGCGUUCACAUGAAGAUUCGCAUCUACACGUAAAUUACCUCGCCGUGGAAGGCUAUGCAGAAGACAUUUAUCGGUAUCUCCGAGAGGCAGAAGAGAAAUGCAGACCGAAAUUUGGGUAUAUGAAGAAGCAACCAGAUAUAACGCACAGUAUGCGCUCAAUUCUGGUGGAUUGGCUAGUUGAAGUUGGUGAGGAGUACAACCUACAAACUGAGACACUGUACUUAGCAAUAAACUACCUGGACAGAUUCCUGUCGUGUAUGUCAGUCCUGAGGGGAAAGCUGCAACUGGUGGGCACAGCAGCUAUGCUGGUAGCAUCGAAAUACGAAGAAAUCUAUCCCCCGGAAAUAGAUGAGUUUGUCUACAUAACAGAUGACACUUACACAAAAAAACAACUCCUGCGCAUGGAGCAUCUCCUACUCAAGGUGUUGAGCUUUGACAUGACUGUCCCAACAGUUAACCAGUUCCUAACGCAGUUUUUGAAAGAGGAAGGGAUCGAUGGACAAAUGGGAAACCUGGCGAUGUACAUAGCUGAGCUGAGUUUAUUAGAAGCUGAUGUAUGUCUGAAGUAUGCACCCUCACUAAUGGCAGCAGCUGCAUAUUGCUUGGCAAACUACACAAUCAACAAUACAUUUUGGCCUCAGUCUCUUGCCACAUUUAGUGGAUACUCAUUGGUGGAUAUUGUACCUUGCCUGCAUGAUAUGCACAAGACCUUUCUCCAAGCCAAACUGCAACCACAACAAGCCAUUAAGGAAAAAUACAAGAGCUCCAACAAAGCAGAGGCUGCAGUACAAAACAACAUGAACUCAAUGAAUUAAUGUCCUGCUAUUACUGCCAGAGUUUGUUUUAUUAGAUUCCAACUGGCUUGCACCAUAUAGCCCAUCGAUUUCUGACCCUCCUAUAAACCUUUGAUACAUGUGAUUAUAAACUACCGUGACUUGUCCAGGGUUAACUUCAAUUGAACGCUCAGCAGGAAGCUCCCGAACAAGCAUUACGAUGAAGAAUAUUUGGCCAAAAUAAGGCUUUGCUUUAAGAAAUAAUGGAUCAACACCUGGCUAGGUCUGCUAACAAGAUGCUGCCAAAGGGAUUCAUUAAUUAGGGUAAAUUAAGUAUGAAAUAUUGAUGAAAAAUGUGUUCUGGGAUUAAUGUAAGCAACUGAAAAUAAUUAAUACCAGCAUCUGCCAUGAAAUGCAGUUUAUGCAAAAUCAGUUCAUACUGCUGGU